AAUAAGUAACAUAUCAUUAGAGUCUUUGAAGAGCUCAUUUCGCAAAUUACAGAUUUACAAAUGUGUAAUUUGCAAAACGGGGCAAUUCUGAUAUUUUGGCUCAGACUCUUUGUUCAAAAAUCAUCACUGCGUGAAGUUGUAUCUACGAAAAGUGUUAAAGAAUUGGAAUAAAUAAGUUACAUAUCGUUAGAGUCUUUAAAGAGCUCGUUUCGCAAAAUACAGUAUGGGUUUACUUGUUUUGUUUCGUUUCGUUUGGCAAAAUACAGUAAGCCUUAUGCUCUGACUUCCCUGUCAAUCUCUCUGUUAUGGAUUCCCCUUGUUAGCCUCUAAGAGAAUGAAUGAUCAUUUUUGAUAUUCACCAACGAAUUUUAGUGCAUAUCAAGAGAACAGGUCAUGGGAAUUAAGGAAGUGACCACCAUGUAGAAAAUACUCUCACUAUUUUACUCACCCUGUUCCCUGGCACUAGAAUUUUCAACUCCUUUCUCAUGGGCUCAGGGCACUGUCAAUGGUUGUGCACAUUAACUCUGUUAACUUACUUCUUUAUCUACAGAUUAGAAAAACUGCAAAGUCUUGAAACAGCUGGCAUUUUAGAUACAAAGUGGUUGUCAAAGUCUUUGAAUGGGCAUGCUGUACUUGGUGCUAUUACUUCAGCUGGAGAAUUGAAGAUCUUUUUCCUUGAAGAAAAGCAAUUAACUGAAAGUGCAAGCUACUCUGCAAGUCCAGAAAAACUAUGUCUUUCAAUGGACUGGUCAUCAAAAGAUGGAAACAGCUUAAUUGCAGUGAGUGACUCAGCUGGUCAGAUAGGCCUUUGUAAAUUUAAUGAAGGUACUUCCAGGCUUUGCCAAAUUUCACAGUGGACAGGGCAUCAGUAUGAGGCUUGGAUUGUGGCAUUUGAUGCUUGGAAUUCUUCCACUGUAUACUCAGGUGGAGAUGAUUGCCUAUUUAGAGGAUGGGACACCAGAACAGACUGUCAGAAACCCACAUUCACAAGUAAAAGGCAUGACAUGGGUGUGAGCAGUAUUCAGUGUAAUCUCUCUUAUGAGCACAUUAUGGCAACUGGCAGCUAUGAUGAAAACAUUCUUGUCUGGGACACCAGAAAUAUGAGACACCCAUUAUGUUCAUCCCACCCUGGAGGAGGGGUGUGGCGAAUCAAGUGGCAUCCACUACAUGGCAACACAAUGUUGACAGCUUGUAUGUACGAGGGCUUCCACAUCCUUAAAUUCAGCAACAGCAAUGGAGAGCAGUGCUUAGAGAAAGUGGUGUCUUACGAGGAGCAAGCAUCAUUGGCUUAUGGUGCUGACUGGUGCAGGGAAGAUAUCCAAUGUUUAAAGGAGUUACACAGACAGACAAUUUCACAGUCAGAAGGAAAUGAGGAACUUAAAGAUUUUGAUUUAGAUAAAAACUAUGAAACUUACACAGAUCUUAUAGCAACUUGUUCAUUCUAUGAUCAUGCCUUAAAUUUAUGGGCAGUGAAACAGUAAUAUACAAAGAGAAGGCAGACUUGAGACAGCUGUGGAGAUUGAAACCUAGUUAUGGGAUGAAGUGUGGAACAAUGAAAAGUGUGUGGAAGAUGAAGGGAUGUAAAGGCUGGGUCAUUGACGUCAGGACCAUAUAGUCCAGGAUCUUCUACUUAUUGUUGUUCUCCCCACUCUACUUGUCUAAUAAUUGGAACCAACUGUUUGCCGGGAAGGCUGGAAUUCAGGAGAAGAAAUACAACAUAUCCAAAAAGGUUUUAAGUUACUAUUGUAAAAAUGUACAGAACGUACUUGAUGAAAUUAUUUUUUGCUUCAAUUCCAUGUAAACAACUUCAGCUUUCAUCCAUUGGAUUUCAAAUGAAGAGAACAACACACCAAAUAAGAUAAUAACACAAUGUAGAUUUUGGCAAUUGGCAUAUGGAUUGAAGCAUGAUAUUCUGACAUUUUGUAUAUAGUUGGUCAGGAAAAGUUUAUUUUUAUCAGGGAAAAGUCAGGGAAUUUUGAAAAGUGAUGCCUGUGACAGUUAUGCCUGUGGUAACCAUGAGUCAAAUGCCUUUAUCUUAGUUUGGAGAAACACUGAACUAGAACAAGCUGAUGACACAACUAAUGAUUGCACAAGUAAACAAAUAGUUUGCAAUCAUUUUUGAAAAUUGAAGUGAUUUUCCUUUCUUUUGCAAGCAGUUUUUUUAGAGAGCUUUCCUUGUUCUCCCAAACUUCCACUCAAUCAUGUUUCUAUAAGAAAUAAUUACAGAAAAUGUUUCCAACUUCUUAAAUGGUAACAACUAUGAACAAAUAACAAAAAAAUCACUGCAAAGUUAAAUGGAAAAACAUUACUACAUUUUAUUUCAAAUUUAUUUGUCAGAAUUAAGAUUUACAGAAUUGAUCAAUUUUGAAUAAUAUAAAUAACCUGUAGCAUCAUAAUGGCCAAGUUAUUCUACAACACUUGAAAAUUUAAUCUAACUUAUAGACAACAAGUAACCUCAAAAUAAGUGGAACACUUCAGCCAUUUUAACUGAAACAUUUCAAUGCCCCUCUUAUCUUCAAAUUACUUUAGUUACGUUAAUCCUUCUUGAAUAACUACUACAUUAACAUACCUACAACUGUACCGUAGAAACUGUAACAAAGCAGGCAUUUUACAAACCCUGAUUUUUGACUAACAGGAAAAAGCCUUUUCUAACACUUCCAGUCAAAAAGUUUUGAUUUCUCAAAUUACAUGCUGUGAUUUACCUGGGUAUUCCUAUAGAAAUAAAACUUAUUGAUGGAAAAGACUCAUUAUAACUAAACACUAAUAUUAUUCCUCGCCAAAAAUUCCCAUAAUUAAAUAAUUAUUUAAAUUUUAUCAUUGCUACUAUUUUAUGUAUAUUCUGAACCUCAACAAUUUUUAGUGUCAAGAAAAUUCUUAAAAAGUAUUUAUUACAUAAAUAAAAUGGUGGUAUCACAUUACAAUAGAGUCCUGCAUUUGAGUUGGUGAUGUAAUUAAUUUUUUACAAUUUAUUAUAAAAAACCUAGCAUAUCCAUAAAUUGAAACUUCCAAAAUGUAGGCCACUGAAAAUUUGGAAAAAUUGUUUAUGGUACUCCUCCAUAUUUGAAAAUUUGCUUUAUUUAUACAACCUUUUACAUUUAAAGAAGCCAAAUAUAAUUAUUGCAUGGUUAGUUUCCAUAGUGUUGUCAUCAAAUUGUUCCCAACCACUCCUUAGUUUGUAAAGCUUUGUUUUACAUGUUUUCGUUCUUAUAAAUAUUAAUCUUUUGUUUAACAAGUUGUUUUGGAAUUUUAACAUUUGCACAGUCACACACGCAUGUUUCUUAACUAUUAGAAUUAAGACUACAUGCUACCUAUAGUUUCACAGCUCAGAGUAUUUGUAAGCUAAAACACAGGCCCAUUUGAUUCUAAUGUACAUGAAACACAGUGCAAAGUGAGUUGACGACUCUUACAGGAAAUUCCUCUGAAAUUUUUGUGGUCAAUGAAA